AUGAAAGUUAAAAAACCUCAUCUCGAUCACAGUCAAUUCUUAAGCAGUCCGCACAACAUGCUGAGCGAAGAGAGUCAGCAGAGACAAUCCCCUUUAAAUAGAUCGCUGUAAUAGGCCGCUAUGAGGUUUAACAAAUCAGGGUACCAGGCUGACAAGUUUCCACCUGCCCAUAGAAAGACUAAUUCCUUUGUUUCUUAGGAGAGCCAAUAAAACAAGACUCGCUACAUUGCUAAUCUUAACAAGCAUAUGCAGUAAUCUUUCGCAGUGAGAGAGAGCAGACAGAUCCCUUCCCCUCAGGAAUUCAGGAAUUCGUUUUCUGAAAGAGGCAGGUCGCUUCAUGAGAUAAGGCCUUCUCAUAAAGUUGUAAGAUCGAAGCAUUCGCUCGGAGUCUCUAUGAAUUAGUUUGAGGAGGUUCAAGAUUGGAUAAUCCCCAUGACCUAAAUUUUCAGAGCUAGUCUGAGACAGCAGGCAGAUACUCAGCUGAAAUUGCAAAAAGACUCUAACAAAAGUCACAAGCUAGACACUUAAACAGAUUAGAACGCCUAAUCUUAGAAUAAGCUGCUGACAACUAAGGAACUAGGAUUCGCAGUGCCUUCAUUUUUCCAAGAGGAUUAGGAGAAGUUUUUUGUGCGGAGAUAGAUCAACAAGCAAAAGGAUAAGAUGAUGAAGAUGAAUCUCAGCUAUGUAGGUGACAAGGUAGACUUUACAAAUAUUUCUGGAGUUAUGCAGCCACAUUUAAUGAGAAGGAAUUCUGGAAGUGGGAGUGUGGGCAGAUUUCCCAACUCUUCGCAGUUAAACUUUGAGCUCAAUUUGAGAAUAAACGGCAGAGUAGACAAUGAGAGUGCAAACUAACAGCAAUAGGAUAUGAAUAAGACCAUAUCCUAGAAGAACGGAAGUGAGUCUGGCAAUGCCUUCAAGCGAAAGAAGUGGUUCUACCCGCCUUAAGUAAAGGAAUUCAAGAAAUUUGAUGAUGUGCUCUUCAGUCCGAGACUCUCUGAUCUGAACAACGAUUCUAGAUUUAGUGCUGAGUAAGUUGCCAAGAUUAGGAAGUACAAGGACAAAAUUGCUCAGAAAAAUCAGAAUGAGAUAAAAUACUUGUUUGGAUAAGGAUUCUGGAGAUCUAAUGCUGAGUGGAUUACCGGCCUUAGGGAUUCUAUUUAUUAAAAGAAUGUAUCUCCUAAGAAAAAUGAGAAAUCUAAUUAAAACACACCGAGGGGAUAAAUUAGUUCAAAGAAUAAAAAUAAAGACGUCUGA